AUGCUCAUUAGCCAACAAUUGUUCAACAUUGAUUUUCUGUAUAAAGGCAAUAAUAUGGCUUUUAAGACUCUUCUCACGCUGCUCGCUGUGCUCCUGUGCGCCAAUGCCGUCUUCGGUGUGAAUGUCAUUAGCAAGGCAACUUGGGGUGGUCGCGCCGCUACUGGACGCUCUAAUUUGGCCAGCAAUUUAUCCUAUGUCGUUAUACAUCAUACCGCUGGCACUUAUUGCUCUACAAAAACCGCCUGUUCUCAACAAAUGCGCAACAUGCAGAACUAUCAUAUGGACUCUUUGGGUUGGGCUGAUAUUGGUUACAACUUUCUGAUCGGUGGUGAUGGUCAAGUGUAUGAGGGUCGUGGCUGGAAUACAUUGGGCGCUCAUGCCACAAGCUGGAAUUCCAAGUCGAUUGGCAUCUCCUUCAUGGGCAACUAUAAUAACAAUGUUCCAACUACCGCUCAGAUUGCUGCCGCCAAGGCUCUGCUUGCCGAUGCCGUUUCACGUGGACAAAUCAAGUCUAAUUAUAUUCUUUACGGUCAUCGUCAAGUCGGCUCUACUGAGUGUCCGGGCAAUAACUUGUAUGCCGAAAUAAAGAAAUGGUCCAAUUGGCGCGCUUAAGUUGACUGUGUUUAGUAUGUAAGGAUAUUGGAGAAAUUAAAUGUUGGUGCUUAGUUAUAGAAAUAUCUGGUGUAAAAUCGGCAAUGUACCGUGUAUGAGUGUAGAAGA